AUGUCUUCCAAACCCAACACCGACACUGCCGAAAUUCCCUUGGCCGCCGGCGAGUUCCGCGUCAUCGUCGUUGGAGCGGGCAUAGCUGGUCUCACGGCAUCGCACUGUCUUCAGAAGGCCGGUAUCAAACAUGUAGUGUUAGAGCGGCGCACCGAGGUUGACCCUCCGGAGGGGGCGAGUUUCGCUAUUUAUCCACACGGAGCCCGCAUCUUGCAUCAACUGGGAUGUCUGGAAGCCGUCGAGGCGGCCUGCAAGCCAUGUCUACGCUACUACUCUCGAGGUCCAAACGGCCGAACACAGUCCGACAAUGGCUUCUUCAACCAUGUCAAGCACAAUCACGGCUACGACAUCUUGCUACUCGAGCGACGUCGGUUGCUGCGCAUCCUGUACGAUUGCUUGCCCGAUAAAUCACCCAUUCGGACUGGAAGCGAUGUUAAAAAAGUGACACAGACAGCCGACGGCGUCGAAGUAGUGCUUGGUGACGGAUCCUCGGAGAAGGGCCACAUCAUAUUGGGCUGUGACGGUGUGUACAGCCGUGUCAGGAACUUCAUGUGGGAGAAUGCCAAAAUCUUAAAUCCGAGUAGCGUCAUUGACGCGGAAAAGAAGCGCAUCCAGACGCACUGGAAGUGUCUCGUGGGCACCGGCCCCCCCGAAGCCGGGCUGGGAGAGCGAGACAUGACGUCUACAUCGGACCGGCGCUUCUCGUUUCUCGCGCUGACCCAACCCGACCGCGCGUUCUGGUUCGUCUUCUUCAAGCUGGACAAGCCCGUGGUUUGGCCUCAACGCGUCAGCUACGAUGAGAAUAACGCCGAGGAGCUAGCACAGUCUCUUGCCGACCAUCCUGUCUCGGAGACCGUCAACUUCGGUCGGCUGUGGCGACGUCGCCACCGGGGCGUGCUCAUUCCCCUUCAAGAAGGCAUCCUAGAGCACUGGUAUUCGGGCCGCGUGGUGCUGGCAGGUGAUGCAGUCCACAAAAUGACGCCUAACAUCGGCCUCGGCGGCAACACGGCUAUUGAGUCCGUUGCCGUGUUGUGCAACCACCUGAUACAGACACUGCAGGUGGCGGCAGACCAACAGAAGAUUAUGCAGCCUCCGACGCAGGAGGCUCUCGAGCGCUGCUUCCUGGCCUAUCAGACCGAGCAUCGCUCCAGGGUCGAAGAAGUUGUGCGAUUCUCGCGGCUCAUUACCCGCAUUCAGGCUUGGGAUUCGUUUCCGAUGCGGUGCCUUGCCGAAUGGAUCAUGCCCGUGUUGCCGGACCGCGCUUUGGCCAAAAUUGUGAGUCGCGUUGUCCGCGCCGCGCCGAAGUUGAAUUAUGUCGCUAUUGACCAAGUCCCGAGCGGAGCAGUGGAAUGGAUGGACGCGAGGCCGACACAAACGACACAGUGGAUUUUGUGGUUGUCAUUGGCUGUGAGUGUAAUUUUCGUUGCUUCGGUGAUUGUGCCCCGGCCACAGGACAAUUUACGCUGCACUGCUUCGUUGCCUAUCAUGAUUCAGAUUCCAUCUGGUUUUCCCACCCUCCAGCCAGCGUUGAUCACUAAAGUCAACAUUGGUGACUUGAAUGACAUAGGUGUUAUCCAUAACGGGUCUAGAUUGAUGCACUUUGCAACUCCGACAGGCACCAUUGAGACAGUGCCCGGAUUUGAACCCGCUUUCAAGGCGGAAGUCAACUUUGGAGCCGACUGGCUGUCAUUUGACCCAGAUGGUGCCCACGGUCGGAUCGAUUUGAGGGGCAUCGCUAAAACUGAGGAGGGCCACUCGAUCGACUUCCGUUACCAAGGUAUUAUUGAGAUGGCCCCGGAAGUCAAGAAGAUCUUUGACAUGCAGCCCGACGCCGUGACGGUGCCUUUUGGAUUUGCCACCGGACAGCAUCAGUUCCUUGUUGCCGACCCGGCGCUCAAGAAGCUGGAACACAGCGUGUUUGUCAGCAAUGGACGCAUUCUCGUUCAUGAGAAGGGUUUGACGGUGGAGACAAGACAGUCGCUGGUUAUUGCCGCGACUGACAUGGACUGA